ACACUCUAGACGGAGAGCGAGGGAGCUUUGCAUGCCUAUUCACGCCAGCUCCGAUAACACAGUCACCAUCGCCGCAACAGGUUCUGCUUCAUCAACUGAAGCGGAGUCUGCUUCGGUUUCUGCUUGUCAGCUACCUCCGUCCGCUGACCUGCUGCAUUUGGUUGAUGAGACCCCCUUAGUUCAGGCAAUCUCACUCUCUGUUGGGGCGAGGAACGCAGUUCUCAUUCCAGGUGAUCCUUCCGGUUUAAUUGCGUCGGUUAGGAGAAUUAAUCAGCCGGGAGAAGACGAGGGAGAAGAAUUGGUAUUGGAUGAAGACGGU